UUUAUCACUAACUAGUGCUUUAUUUAUUACUAACUAGUGCUUUAUUUAUUACUAACUAGUGCUUUAUUUAUUACUAACUAGUGCUUUAUUUAUCACUAACUAGUGCUUUAUUUAUUACUAACUAGUGCUUUAUUUAUUACUAACUAGUGCUUUAUUUAUUACUAACUAGUGCUUUAUUUAUUACUCGAAGCUUUUCAUCACCUGCUGGUCAGAAGGAGGAAGUGCACAGGUUGUGAUGUCAUCAGAUGAGGAUGUUUCUCUUCCCAUACACUCGAAUUUCAUUGGUCACCGUGAUGAUGUAAUUAGAGCUAACCGUCUAGUGACGAGUGUGAACGGCAGAGACGUGCUGGUUGUUCACCACCAGGGGGAGCUUCACGCUCUGGAUGCACGCUGCUACCAUGCUGGAGGUCCCCUACAGAAUGGAGAUAUUGAGGAGGUAGCAGGGUGUGUGUGUAUUGUGUGUCCGUGGCAUAAAUAUAAGAUCAGUGUGUGUGAUGGUGAAGGUGUUUACCAGGCUGUAGAUCCUUCAGUGAAGCCUCUGAAACCACGCUGGUGCACCAAAGGGGUCAAACAGAGAGUGCACAAGGUGACCGAGAUCAGAAGUCGUGUGUACAUCACCCUCAACACUUCACCUGAACACCUUGAGUCCGACCAGUACCAGACUCCAAUGUACAGAGACACACUGCACAGGAACAGGAAGUGACAUCAGAGGAACCGGUUGCCCAUGCUUGUAGUGUUGGUGAGGUUAAAGGACAUCUAGAAAAACUCUAAAGUAAAUGUGGAUGAUCACUGGUUUAAGUCGUCAGCCAUCUACAGCUGCUGCAGUACACAGUGAAAGGAGACGACGCUCCUCAGGACCACAUCUGGUUUCUGGAACCUCAGUGUUUAUUUUCACCUGCAUGAUUUUGUUUACAUCAGUACUGAGUAUUAUUCUGAUUAUGUUGUGAGUUUCUCAGAAUAAAAAUGGUUUAUGGUUAAA